AUGCUUGAAGAGGACAGACUGAGAUGGAGAAAAGCUGCAGACCAAAAUGAGACUCCUCAAGAGAAAAAGUCUAAUAAACUGUUUCCCAAAUCUGCCCUGCUCACGACGUGGGGGGAGAAUCUCUCUGAGGAUGACCAAAGAGAGGCACAGGCUUUGUUUGACAAGUAUGGAUACAACGUUUUUCUCAGCGAUCGCCUUCCUCUAGAUCGAGCUCUUCCAGAUACCAGGGAUCCAAGGUGUCUGAAAAAGAGUUACCCAGAAGACUUACCAAGUAUUGGAGUAGUGUUGAUCUACCUGAAUGAGGCCCUGUCUAUUAUCAAAAGAGCUAUGCGCAGCAUCAUUGACCGCACCCCUAAACACCUGCUGAAGGAGAUCAUAUUGGUGGAUGACAAUAGCUCUGAAGAAAACCUGAAGGGUGACCUUGACAUGUACGUGAAGUCGCUCGAGCAGGAGAACCCAAGUCUCGCUAUCAUAAGGGUGAGGAACAAUGAGUCAUAUGGCCUGUCUCACGCCAGGGCGUCUGGCUGGAGGGCUGCUACUGCUGACGUGGUGGCCAUCCUGGAUGCGCACAUCGAAGUCCAUGAGCUGUGGGCGGAACCCCUGCUGACGCAGAUCAAGGCUGACCGAACGGUGGUGACGUCCCCUGUGUUUGACAAAGUAAACUUUGAUGACCUCAAGGUUAUUCCAUACCAGCCAGCAUCACACGCCUUCGACUGGGCUUUAUGGUGCAUGUAUGAGAGCUUUUCGGACCAAACUCAAUUUGCUGAAAGAAAGUAUCUGGGAGAAAUCGGACUUCUCGAUGAAGGAAUGCAAGUGUACGGUGGAGAAAAUGUUGAGCUGGGAAUUCGAGUGUGGACAUGUGGAGGCAGUAUUGAAGUAGUUCCAUGCUCCAAGAUUGCCCACAUUGAGAGGGCCCACAAGCCCUACAUGCCUGACCUGAGCGAAGCCAUGAAGAGAAACGCCCUGAGGGUAGCAGAAGUCUGGAUGGAUGAAUACAAACACAACGUCAACUUGGCUUGGAACUUGCCGUUUGAGAAUCACGGAAUUGACAUUGGGGAUAUCUCUGAAAGGAAAAAACUCAGGGAAAGGUUGAACUGUAAACCUUUCAAAUGGUACCUGGAAAAUGUGUAUCCCAAGUUGGAUCCCUUGACUAACCUAGUUGCCUAUGGAGGAAUAAGGAAUCUUGAUGCUGACCAGUGCAUAGACCAAGGACCCGUGCCAGGUCACACACCCAUUGCCUACAAUUGCUACUACUAUCAACCUCAAAUCUGUUAUUAUCGGUCAAACGGUGAGCUUUAUAUAGGCGGCAUCAAGUCCCACAAGUACAAUGACAACCGGUGUUUAACUGACCCGGGGGGAAAAGAAACGGAGCCUGGCCUUCAUAACUGCAAAGAGGCUAAGCAGAAAGGAAUGGGGAUUUACUGGGACUUCACUCAGGGCAAAGAACUGAAGAACAGAGAUACAAAAAGAUGUCUGGAGAUUGAGAACAACCUGCUUCUAAUACAGGAAUGCUCUGGCCAAAGAUGGGAAAUCCAAAACAUAAUCAAAGCCUUUUAAAGUGUGUGGUGUUUUCUGAAUUUCUGAGGAAGGAGAGAGGCUGGGUCCAAAUGAAGAUUCAACAAAAUGGUUUAGUAAACAAAAUGACAUGACAAAACAGGAUGUAUCACUGCAGCUAACUGAAAAAUGCUCCCCCCAUGUGGAGUCACAUGUUAA